GCAAUUAAUCCUCUCAUCCACAAUCUCCAAAUUUCUCAAUUUAAAACCCUAACAAAGCAAUUGAAGUUGCUGAUUGCCAGUACCAGAAGUUAGGGUUUUGCGAGUGUAUAGCGGUAGCCAUGGCGCAAGAUAGUAACAAAAGGAAGAAGCCAAAUAUCCUGAUAACAGGAACGCCCGGAACAGGCAAAACGACGACAUCGUCUGCUCUGGCGGAGGCGACGCAGCUCCGCCACAUAAAUAUCGGAGAUUUGGUCAAAGAGAAGAACUUGCACGACGGCUGGGACGAGCAAUUCGAAUGUCAUAUCAUCAAUGAAGACCUGGUAUGUGAUGAGCUUGAGGAUAUAAUGGAAGAAGGGGGAAAUAUAGUUGACUACCAUGGCUGUGAUUUCUUUCCACAACGGUGGUUUGAUCGUGUAGUGGUGCUUCAAACAGACAAUUCUGUCCUGUAUGAUCGCCUGAAUAAGAGGGGGUAUUCACAGAACAAGAUUUCCAACAACAUUGAGUGUGAAAUUUUCCAAGUUCUGUUAGAGGAGGCAAAAGAAAGUUAUGCAGAAGAUAUUGUUGUGGCAUUAAGGAGUGAUUCUAUUGACGACAUAAUUAGAAAUGCGUCUAAUUUGACAGACUGGGUGAGGGGUUGGCAACCUGUAUCAUAAUUGGAUUGAUACUAAUGUGAUACUGUUCUUACAUGCUCCUUUCGCAGGUGGAUGGAGCAGUUUAAGUUAUUAAUUCUUGCUUGAGAAGGUUUUUGAUAUAUGUAUUUUGCUUUUCUUGUGCUGUUGCGAAGUAAUUUGAGUCUAGUUCUGGGUUGGACAUGAAUGUACGUCAAGUCUUUGAAUAUCUACUAGCUCGUUUAGCUGAAUUAUAAUUUGCUUUGGCCA